AUGAUUCGAAUGGGCAUCACUGGACUCAUGACGGAGAUAGAGCGCAGAAAGAUCAAGUUGUUUAUGGGGACUACCCUAGAAUUCCAGUCUGGCCCGCAUAUAAACUCCCGAAAAGAGCCCGAUCUGUUUAUGAGGCCUAGGCUGGUUGUAGACAGUUUGCCAAGCGUGGUCUUUGAAGUCAGAUGGUCAGAGUCCCACAAGAAACUGAAGGAAGACGUGUAUUUGCUUCUCACGGGUGGGGACGACUCCAUUAAUGUCGUGGUGGUGGUGAAAUGGACAAAACACAGGCCCAGUCAGCGAGUGCACGGAUUUGCGGACGUAUAUGUACGAGACGUAUUCGGCAUUCCUGUGCUACGACAGCACGAGGUCAUUUUCCCUGCUCCGCUUGUUCCCUCCGUUCCUGUGCUCAAUUUACCUGUUCUGCUUGUUCCCGCCCCCAUUGUGCCUACAGAGCCAACUCAUCGAAUAGCCACGCGCAGCAGCACGCGUCCUCCGCCUUCUCCACCUCUCCCGACUGGGGGUCCGCAACGCUUAAUAUUCAGUCAUGAGGAGGUAUUUGGGCCAACAUUCCUACAAGAUCCAGCUCGUAAUGGACCCCCUCCUGCGACAAUUGACCUCGACAUCAACCUUCUGCGAGAGUUUGCCUCUGAAUGUCUACAGGAAAUAAACCUCCAGCCGGCAGUCUAG